GAUAUUUGUCGUAUCCACAACACAUCCCGUGGAGAACAACUCAUGGUUGACAAAAUAGAUCAGAGAAGAUGCUCUAGUUCUGUCAUCAUCUAUGUUUUGGAGCAACAUUAAUCGAUGCACAUAUCUUCUAGAUAUAUUUCAACGAAAAAAGGUGUUCUGAAAACAUCGCGGUGCAAAGAAACUAACCAUUGAUUUAAAGGAAUUAUUCAAUUGACAACUGAUCCGAGUAAGCUGAGCAUUUAUAUCGGAAGGAAAUACCACUCAUGGGUGACUUUGAAAGCAGCAUCGUUUGAAACGCAUCUUCCUUUUACCAUCAGCAUGAUCAAGCGUUUUAUGUAGCAUCUCAAACUUCAGUUCAAACGGACAACUCGCCUUAUCUACCAUGGGAGGUUGCUGCGGAGGCCACAAGAGAACCGCUGCAAACACAUUUUAUGAUGACGGCGACAAUACAGAGCAAAAAUCUACUCCCAAACCCCAACGAGCCGUAUCUAGGGUCAGUGUAUUCUACAACGACGGUGAUGCGGUCGAAGAGGAGUCCUCGUGUUCAUGCUGGGGAACUUCAUCAAAAACUAAAUCCAAGAAAUCUUCUAAAAGAUCCUCAAACAAGGGAGGGAAGAAAGGUAAAAGAAAGAGAAAGAAGAGGCGCCGGAAUAAAAACAGGAGACCAUCAUCGACCAUGUCAACGGCGUCAACUCUUUCAAGAGUGGGACACGAGGACACGAAUCAGAAUCAGCGUACAAAUCAAGUUGUUCCCGAGGCCAGGUCAUUUUACCAGGGAGCAAGGCACCGAGACAACGAAAGGGUUAAGAAUGCCUUGGCUCGUAAAAACACAAUGCAGAGAGCGAUGAAGGAGGCGUACGACACGAAAUCCGUGGCUUCAUCAGCAUCUUCGGAAGAGUCGGAAGAUGAGAGGGGAUCUACCAAAAAGAAGAGCACGUCUUGCUUUGCGGGUUUAUCAUGCAAAUCGAAUAAUACUGUGGCGAGUAACUUUCAUAAUCAGUGAUCAACGGCGGUAGGCUACCAUGUUGUGAAACUUCCGACCAGGGAAACGAUGUACCGCUCGCUACUAAAGCUUUUAUUUUGUUUUGGAUUUCUAAUAAAUUAAAGAAAAAAAACUUUCUGAUCUUCCGUUGGUAGAUUGCACAAUAACUCAAAAUCAGAACGGCGCCAGCAAAUAGCUUCCAUCUUCCCAAUAGGCCUAUGCUUCGGCAGGACUCCAAAUUUAUAAGCGCCAAACACCGUCUCGGAAGCCUUUUCAGUUGGCAGUUGGAGGGUCGAUAUGUCCAACACACACUGCACUGUGCCUCAUGUUCAUCCUCGCGUGAGGACACUAUACAAAAUAUGUGGACAUGGACAUAACAUUAUUUUAUAUUAUAUGUUAUUAAUUACUUCUCGUAAGUUAUUUUCUGACUAAUUAUCAAUCAUUUCGGUGUAAAUUAUCUGUGUUCUAAUCUUGUAAAAUUGAUAAUUGAGAAAUUGAAAGACAGUGAUCACUGACUGCGAACAACUUCAAAACAGAAGUGCCAAACUUGCUGAUACGAUUUUUGGGGGCAAGUAAAUCUGAAUAUAUUCUUUUAAAUUAACCGUGUGCUUUAAUGUAUAUUUCGAAGUACUCAUGGUGUAGGAAAGAAAUAAAAAUGUACAUUCGUGAGCGACGAAAGAAACACGAUAAAAAUCAUUAAGAUUGUCUUAGGCUUGUGUUCUGAGCUCUGGUUAAAUUUUGUAUUAAAAUCAAAAAGCAAUGUUCAGAACAUUUUCUGUUUCAGCAGGCAACGCCUUUACAUAUCCCACGAUAUUGAUGGACACUUCGUUGCUUUUGAUGCAAUGAUUGAUAAAUUAAAAUGCAGUUCAUAAUAAAAAUAAUAAUAAUAGUGAUGUCUUAUUGAGCGCACACAUCGUCCAGAGGCGCUAAUGCCGCUAGCACAGUUCCUUUGGAUAUAAGUAUUUUUAAAAUACAUUUCAUACAUCUAAAUAAGUACAAAAUAUAGAUGUAAAUGAAGUUGACAAAGAUACUACAAGUACACUCUUGCAUCAUCACCCACUGGAAUUUCCAGCUACAUCCUGGUGCCUCCUAAUUGCUGAUCCGUUCACCAACAAUUUAAGGGGAAAGCCCGGUCAGCUCAGUACUCACAGUAGCUCUAGCAAAUAAGGGCACCAGCCCUCAUAGCAAGCCAGACAGACCAGUGAGUGAUGAUAAAAGAAUAUUCUUUAAAACAAAAACUAUUUAUAAAACAAUAUAUACUUAUGGAUUAAGUCGUCGAAUGUAUUACAGGUUGAACAAAUAUGUCUUAAUAUGUACUUUGAAAGUGUAAUCAAAUUCAAAGUGACUAAAGAAGUCGAUUCCACAACUUGGCCGCAGCAUGUGAGAAGGACGAUAAUGACCUAUCCCCAAGAAUGUCGGGUACGAGAAAUCAGAGGCAAUUGUCUUUUCCGGAUAUUAAAGUACGACUUGGAUGGUAGUUAAAAUAAAUAAAUUGGGCUUCUUGAAAACUAAAGUUUUGAAAGAGAUGAAGAGUCAGCUCAUAUUACGUGCUAAACUAAUUAUAUAGAUAUAUUGUUUAUGAAUUAUUUGAAAGUCAUUAUUUUUUUUUACAAAAGAUGCAGUAGUUGAAAAUUCUAGAACAUGAGAAUUGUUUUAAAUCCUAUUUUCAUAAGAUUUUACUUUUUGGCAGUCUGUUAAAUUUGUGAAAUUGUGUCAAAACAAACACGAAUUACAGUACCAUGCAUUGAUUUAAAAAUGUUCAAUAU